AUGGCCGACCGCGGGUGCCCGCUGCAGCCGGUGCCCCUGCCCGCUGAGGUGCGGGAGAGCCUGGCCGAACUGGAGCUGGAGCUGUCGGAAGGCGACAUCACUCAGAAAGGAUAUGAAAAGAAAAGGGCAAAGCUGCUUGCACGUUUCAUACCACUUCUCCAAGGAGUGGACACAUCACUUCAAGCAGAGCCUAGGAUCCCGGGGCCCUCACAAACCAUGGCUGCAGCAUCUAAGCAGCAGAAGCCACGGCCCACCAACUCACGGGAUGAGCGCUUCCGGUCAGAUGUUCACACUGAAGCCGUGCAAGCAGCUUUGGCCAAAUACAAAGAGAGGAAGGUGCCUCUGCCUUCGAAAAGACGGUCUAUUCUUGUGCAUUCUUCUGUGGAAACCUGCACCCCACCAGACACGUCAUCUGCCUCAGAAGAUGAGGGCUCUUUACGGCGACCCGGGCGACUUACCUCCACUCCGCUCCAGAGCCAUUCCAGCGUCGAGCCCUGGCUCGACCGGGUCAUUCAGGGCUCCUCCACCUCAUCCUCCGCAUCCUCCACCUCAUCUCACCCGGGAGGGAGACCUGCCGCCGCACUCGCAGGCCUCAUGGCCCACACCCACAUAGCAGAUCUGCACUCUGCCCCUCCUGAUGUCACCACUGGCCUUGUGGAGUAUUCGCACUGUGAGCGUCCACAGCCAGCCCCUGUGAGAGGCGUCCCUCGGGGGUGCAGCGGACGCCUCCUGGACACAGCAGGUGGUGUCCCUGUGAACAGCAGAGUAUCCUCCAAAAUCCAGCAGCUUCUGAAUACCCUGAAGAGGCCAAAGAGGCCUCCGCUGAAGGAGUUCUUUGUGGAUGAUAUGGAGGAACUGCUGGAAGUUCAGCAACCAGAUCCAAAUCAGCCAAAGCCUGAGGGAAGCCAGAUGGUAGUGCUGAAAGGGGAACCUCUGUCCUUGGGGACACCCUGGCCUCCGUCACUGCUGGCUGCCUUGCAGCGGUGGGGCACAAUGCAGCCCAAAGCCCCCUGUCUGACCGCCUUGGACACAACUGGGAAGGCCGUCUACACCCUCACCUAUGGGAAACUUUGGAGUCGGAGUUUAAAACUAGCUUAUACUCUUCUUAAUAAACUGACUAGUAAGAAUGAACCACUACUUAAACCUGGAGACAGAGUGGCGCUGGUGUUUCCGAACAGUGACCCUGUGAUGUUCAUGGUUGCAUUUUAUGGGUGUCUCCUGGCAGAACUGGUUCCUGUCCCCAUAGAAGUGCCAUUAACCAAAAAGGAUGCUGGCAGCCAACAGAUCGGGUUUCUGCUGGGCAGCUGUGGUGUCACCCUGGCCCUGACCACGGACGCUUGUCAGAAAGGCCUGCCUAAAGCACAGACUGGAGAGGUGGCAACUUUCAAAGGUUGGCCUCCUCUCACCUGGCUGGUAAUCGAUGGGAAGCAUCUGACUAAGCCCCCCAAGGACUGGCACCCGUUGGCCCAGGACGAAGGAGCUGGGACCGCCUACAUUGAGUAUAAAACCAGCAAAGAAGGCAGCACAGUGGGGGUGACGGUGUCCCAUGCAUCUCUGCUGGCGCAGUGCCGGGCUCUGACCCAGGCGUGUGGCUACUUGGAAGCUGAAACACUAACAAAUGUGCUGGAUUUCAAAAGGGAUGCUGGUCUGUGGCAUGGAGUGUUAACAAGUGUCAUGAACAAGAUGCACGUGAUCAGCAUCCCGUAUGCACUGAUGAAGGUGAACCCACUCUCCUGGAUUCAAAAAGUAUGUUUGUAUAAAGCCCAGACAGCGCUGGUGAAGUCCCGUGACAUGCACUGGUCUCUCCUGGCUCAGCGUGGUCAGCGGGACGUCAGCCUCAGCUCGCUGCGUAUGCUGAUCGUGGCCGACGGCGCUAACCCAUGGUCCAUAUCUUCCUGUGAUGCCUUCCUCAACGUCUUUCAGUCGAGAGGCCUGAGGCCGGAGGUCAUCUGUCCUUGUGCCAGUUCUCCUGAGGCACUGACGGUUGCCAUCCGCAGGCCGCCUGACCUGGGAGGACCUCCUCCAAGAAAAGCUGUGUUAUCAAUGAACGGCCUUAGUUACGGUGUGAUCAGAGUUGAUACUGAAGAAAAGUUGUCAGUCCUUACUGUUCAGGACGUUGGUCAGGUGAUGCCUGGAGCUAAUAUAUGUGUUGUGAAGAUAGAUGGUGCCCCAUAUCUUUGUAAAACUGAUGAAGUUGGAGAAAUUUGUGUUGACUCCAAUGCUACAGGCACAGCGUAUUAUGGACUACUUGGGAUCACCAAGAAUGUCUUUGAGACUGUCCCUGUCACUGCAGGAGGAGCACCCGUCUCGGACAGGCCUUUCACCAGGACUGGGCUGCUGGGUUUCAUCGGCCCUGAUAACCUGGUCUUCAUUGUGGGCAAGCUGGAUGGGCUGAUGGUGGUCGGAGUUCGCAGACACAACGCGGAUGACAUCGUGGCCACUGCGCUGGCGGUGGAGCCCAUGAAGUUUGUCUACAGAGGCAGAAUCGCUGUGUUCUCCGUGAGAGUGCUGCAUGACGACCGGAUUGUGCUCGUGGCCGAGCAGCGGCCGGAUGCUUCCGAGGAGGACAGCUUCCAGUGGAUGAGCCGUGUGCUGCAGGCCAUUGACAGCAUCCACCAGGUGGGCGUGUACUGUCUGGCCCUGGUUCCUGCCAACACCUUGCCCAAGGCUCCUCUUGGAGGGGUUCACGUCUCUGAAGCCAAGCAGCGCUUUCUGGAGGGGAUGCUGCACCCGUGCAAUGUGCUAAUGUGUCCACACACCUGUGUCACCAACCUUCCCAAACCUCGCCAGAAACAGCCAGAGGUUGGACCAGCUUCUAUGAUUGUUGGGAAUCUGGUUGCUGGGAAAAGAAUUGCACAGGCCUCCGGGCGGGAGCUGGCCCACCUGGAAGAUAGCGACCAGGCCAGGAAGUUCCUGUUCCUGCCCGAUGUGCUGCAGUGGCGGGCCCACACCACUCCCGACCACCCGCUCUUUUUGCUGCUGAAUGCCAAGGGCACGGUGACAAGCACUGCAACCUGUGUCCAGCUGCACCGAAAGGCUGAAAGGGUGGCUGCUGCUCUGACGGAGAAGGCAAGACUGAGCAUUGGGGACCAUGUGGCUUUGGUCUACCCCCCAGGGGUGGAUCUCAUUGCUGCCUUCUACGGUUGCCUAUACUGCGGUUGUGUGCCUGUCACUGUGCGCCCCCCACAUCCCCAGAACCUCGCCACAACACUUCCCACUGUCAAGAUGAUCGUGGAGGUCAGCAAGUCUGCAUGUGUCCUCACCACGCAGGCCAUUAUGCGACUGCUCAAGUCCAAGGAAGCAGCAGCCACUGUAGACGUCCGGACCUGGCCCACCAUUCUAGACACAGAUGACAUACCGAAAAAGAAGGUGGCUAAUGUGUUCAGGCCUCCCUCCCCGGAUGUGCUGGCCUAUCUGGACUUCAGUGUGUCAACCACAGGGAUUUUAGCAGGUGUGAAGAUGUCACAUGCAGCCACAAGUGCCUUGUGCCGCUCCAUAAAGCUGCAGUGUGAGCUGUAUCCUUCGAGGCAGAUCGCCAUCUGCCUUGAUCCCUACUGUGGCCUUGGCUUUGCCCUGUGGUGCCUGUGCAGUGUCUACUCUGGACACCAGUCCGUGCUGGUGCCCCCGCUGGAGCUGGAAAGCAAUGUGUCCCUGUGGCUGUCAGCUGUAAGCCAGUACAAGGCCCGCGUUACCUUCUGCUCCUACUCGGUGAUGGAGAUGUGCACCAAGGGCUUGGGCGCACAGACAGGUGUCCUCAGGAUGAAGGGGGUGAACCUGUCAUGUGUGCGCACGUGCAUGGUGGUCGCCGAGGAACGACCUCGGAUCGCGCUGACACAGUCCUUCUCCAAGCUGUUCAAGGACCUGGGCCUACCCGCACGCGCCGUGAGCACCACGUUCGGGUGCAGGGUCAACGUGGCCAUCUGCCUCCAGGGCACGGCUGGCCCGGACCCCACAACGGUCUACGUGGACAUGAGGGCGCUGCGCCAUGACAGGGUACGUUUGGUAGAACGGGGCUCUCCGCACAGCCUGCCAUUGACGGAGUCUGGAAAGAUCCUCCCCGGAGUGAAAGUCAUCAUUGCGCACACUGAGACCAAAGGGCCCCUUGGAGACUCACACCUGGGAGAGAUCUGGGUUAGCAGCCCCCACAAUGCCACAGGCUACUACACAGUCCAUGGAGAGGAAGCACUUCAUGCUGACCACUUCAGCGCCCGACUGAGCUUUGGAGACACCCAGACCAUUUGGGCAAGGACUGGCUACUUGGGCUUCCUUCGGAGAACAGAGCUCACCGAUGCCAGUGGAGAGCGACAUGACGCCCUCUAUGUGGUUGGGUCUCUGGAUGAAACACUGGAGCUGAGAGGCAUGCGGUACCACCCCAUUGACAUCGAGACGUCCGUGAUCCGGGCACACAGGAGCAUCGCUGAGUGUGCCGUGUUCACCUGGACCAACCUGCUGGUUGUGGUGGUGGAGCUGGACGGGCUGGAGCAGGACGCACUGGACCUCGUGGCCCUGGUGACAAAUGUGGUGCUGGAGGAGCAUCACCUGGUCGUGGGGGUGGUGGUCAUUGUCGACCCAGGCGUGAUCCCCAUCAACUCUCGGGGUGAGAAGCAACGCAUGCACUUGCGUGAUGGUUUCCUGGCUGACCAGCUGGAUCCAAUCUAUGUUGCCUACAACAUGUGA